UGGUCCAGUCAGUCCGUUCGAAUCGGAAGGCAGCUGCCUACUGCCUCCCUCCCUAAGUAGAGAGCUCUCUCACUAGACAUGACUUGCGACGAGAUAUCUCGGUAGGCAGUUGGUUUCGAACUCUCUAUUAAGAUAGCGAGAAUAUGUGGCGUCAUCACGUUGACGUCUUUGCCUAAACAAACAUUCUAUCUAGGAUUCCAGGUACGUCACUAUCCAUUACUGUUCCGAGCUUUCUAUCGCGUCUGACGUCCCGUCAAUUUCCCCGUCACCACUUUACUCUACUAGCCUAUUUACAUACCGGAAUCUUAAUUAUGGAGACCACCGUGAUAGCCAUGGUCCUUCACCAGUUAAUGGAGUUGGAGGAAGAGGAAGCCCUCCGCAGAAGAGCCCACCGGAGACGUGUUAUGAUGCUAGCUGCUUACUGGCAUCUGGCGAAUAUCGAGAGUCUCACAGUGUAUGCCCAGAUCAACCGGGCCAUGCCUGUCCUCAGGCUCUUCUAUGCGGAGGAGGAAACCAGGGCAGACUUUAGGCUGAGCAGGGCCUCCAUCACAGGUCUGCUGGUGUUGCUGCAGCAAGAGCGGCAUCAUGGAUGGGGUCCAGUUAUCGAAGUCCUGGUUUUCCUGUUUUGGCUGGCUAGUGGGGCAUACUAUCGGGUUGUGUCUCGAGCAUUUGAUAUGCCAAAGACUACGGUGCACAAUGUUGUGCACCGUGUCUGUGAGGCUAUCGUGGCAGUGAUGCCAAAAGUAAUCAGGGUGCCAUCCACUGCAGACGAGCAGCAGGUUGUAUCUGACGGCUUUGCUCGGUUGGCUGGGCAUGAGGUGUUCCGGAAGGUCAUGGGGGCCAUCGAUGGCUGCCAUAUUCGUAUCAAGGCUCCGGGACAACCUCAUGCGCAGUGCUAUAUGAACCGCAAGCUGUUUGCAUCGUACCAGUUACAGGCUGUUUGCGAUCACGCCGGGCGUUUCAUCGAUGUUUUUGUUGGUUUUCCAGGUUCGGUCCAUGAUGCCAGGGUCCUCAGGAGCAGCCCGCUCUACCGCCGUGCCAUUUAUCCACCCCCUGGUACGUUCUUGUUGGGUGAUGGAGGCUACCCCUGUCUGGAGCAGCCCAUCGGUCUCCUGACUCCAUACAAGAACCCUGUUAGGGGAGUGGACAGGCAGAGGUUUAACGGAUACCACUCCAAAGCCCGCGCAAUAGUAGAGCGGGCAUUUGGAAUGAUGAAGACUCGGUGGCGGGCCAUCUUCCUGCAUGCCUUGGAGGUGAGCGUCUCAUUCGACCCAGACGUCAUUGUUGCAUGCACCGUGCUGCACAACAUUUGUCUGGGCAAUGAUGAUGUUUUGGCAGUGGACGACAUGGACCCUGACGAGCCUGCAUGUGGCGAGGCUGAGACUGCCAGUGGGAUGGCACUACGAGACAGAAUUACAGAUGAGUUGACCUUGUAA